GAGAUCCUUUCGCUGUACAACAACACGAUCAAGCAGCUGGACGAGCACGCCUUCGACGGGCUCGGCCACCUGCGGUUGCUGUACAUGGACGAGAACCAGAUCGAGAAGCUGCCGGAAGGGCUGUUCUCGGGCCUGGAGGAGCUCCAGAUACUGGAGCUGCAGCACAAUCGCAUCAAGGAGAUCGGCGACGACCAGUUCGUGCUGUGCCCGAUGUUGCGCGAGCUCAACCUGAGUGCCAACAUGGUCAGCACGUUCAACAUGACGCAGCUCGCGUCGCUGAACAAGCUCGAGACGCUGGACAUUGCCCGCAACUACCUGGACGAGGUGUUCAUCACGAAGUACGUGCGAACGCUGAACGCCCAGGAGAAUCAGAUCAGUCGCAUUGUCAUGGAUCAGGGCGACUUCUUCCAGCUGACGCACCUCAAUCUCUCGCGCAACAACAUCGCCAACAUCAACAACAUCUUCAAGCUGCGCAACCUGAUCGAGCUGGACGUUGCGUACAACGAGCUGGUAACGCUCGACUUUGUCAUCUUCGCGUUCAUGAAGAACCUGAAGGACAUCAAACUGAACAACAAUCGGCUGUGGAUCCUCGAUAACGGUAUCCCGUCGCCGGCCAAGUCGCUGCGCAGCCUGAACCUGGCGCACAACAAGUUUCUGUACAUGGACCUGGCCGUCCUCGAGACGUUUCCCGCCCUGGAGUACAUCUACCUGCACGGGAACGAUCUGAUCGACAUGACGCUCGAAGAGAUCGAGCAGCACUUCCCAUACCUGACGCUCGUUUCGUGCGACAACAACGACUGGGAUUGCAUCAACUUGAUGCACAUCGUCACACUGCUCGAACGGGCGUACAUCAAGUGGUCGAACGGGAACCGGAACUGCACCCGGCCCGAGCAGCACCGGCUCAUCUGCUGCACCACGGCCGAGCACCAUCUGCGCGAGAAGAUCGUCCGGUUGACGCGCGAGAUCUACCGGUCGCGCAAGAUGAUCAAGCAGCUCAUCAUGGAGAACGCCGAGCUAAGGAGCGAAGUCGAGAUGCAGUACCUGCCCGGUGACGGUUCAGUGACGAUGGUGACCAGGGAAGGUGGUGGAGUGCUGUGGCUGGCCGUUUUCGCGCUGAAGCUAUCGCUCGGCCCGGCCAGUGCUGAGAUCGUGAUCUGCAACUACGAACAGUUCCAACUCUUCGACAGCAUGUACCGGCCGCGGACGGACCACUUCUGCGUGUUCUCGGACGUGUACCUCGGCCAGGACGUGCGCGGGGCCGACUUUCUGGCCAGCAGCCUCGACUACAAGCGCGUCGCGUUCACAAACUCCAAGUUCGCGCAGGUACCGCCAUCGCUGUUCAAGAACUUCGACGACAUCCGCGAGCUGUACGUGCGCCGGUGUUCCGUCGAGACGCUCAAAGUGACGCGCCAGCUGGAGAAGGUGUUCGCCGGCAGCAACCGGAUCGUGUCGGUCCAGCUCGAUGGCAACAGCUCCAACAGCCUGCGGGAGCUGUACCUGGACGGGAACCGGUUGCGGGGGUUGUCCAACCUGACGCACCUGCCCAACCUGGAGGUGCUGGUGCUCGAGAACAACCCGCUGCUGGGUGACGUGGACUUUGCGCAGUUCGCCCGCAUGGAGCACCUGUGGAAGUUGGAUCUCGAGCGGAUCGGCAUGCGCACGGUCCGGAACGGGCUGCAGCGCCCUCUGGAGGCGCUCCGGCGGCUCGAUCUGUCCAACAACGAGCUGACGUACGUGCACGUCCGCAUGUUCCGGACGUUCCCGCGGUUGGAGCACCUGUGGCUGCACGGGAACCAACUGUACUUUCUCGAGGCGGACCAGCUCCCGACCGCGAUGCCGGCGGUGAGGAGCAUCGUCAUCGACGACAACUACUGGGGCUGCGGACAUCUGGCCGUGCUGGGGAAGCAGCUCCGCGACCGGGGCAUCAUUAUCCGGCACGGUGAGUGCCGGACCCGGGCCGUCCAUCGGGUCUGCUGCUCGGACGUGACCGACGUCGUCGAUUUCCGGUACAUCAUCGAGAUGGGCAUAAGGCGCGAGGAGCGCCUGGAGCAGGACAUGAGCGAACUGCGGACCGUGGCCGGGUUGCUGCGGCAAGAUCUGGAGCAACUGCGCCACCAGCUGGCCGCGAUGAACCUCACGGAGCCGGCGGUGGAAGUCACCACCAGCCAGGAGUCGGCCGAGUCGAGCGGUUCGAGCGUUUCGGCCGAGGAGGACUACGAGGACGAGGAUGAUCGUAAGGGCGUUGGUUCAAUUCCUGCAAGCAUGGCGCCGCUAGGCAUCUUUCUGCUGAGUAUAUUCUUGGCCGGAUCACCGAUCGUCGUCGAGUGUCAGUACGGCACAGCCGAUUGGUAUUGGCAGCCAAAGCCCGCUCAAACAGCCUACGCUGGCCAUCAUGGCUCGGCCGGAGGGUUACAGCGAUUCUACUGCAUGGAGAGUAAUGAGAACUAUGAUUGUAUAUUUAAAAACGUCCACACCGCACGUCCAUACCCAUCGAGUGCAACAUCGUACGCCUUCGGCAGUGGCAACGUCUCCUCGCACCUCAAGCUGAUAUUCCGCGAUUCAACGCUCCGUUUCUUGCCCAAAGCACUGCUGGAUUCAUUCCCUUACGUAGAGGUGCUGAAUUUGGAGAGCUUGCAGAUGGAUAACAUCGAGCAGGGAGCCUUCCAGCAGGGGGAAUCUCUCAGGGAGCUGUUCAUGAGCCACAACCAUCUCACGGCGCUGGAUGCGGGAGUUUUCAAUCAUUUGAGCUCGCUCCAGAUGCUCGUGAUGGACAGAAACGAGCUUGCGCAACUGCCAGCGGGCGUGUUCAAUUAUCUGGCCAACCUUACCGUGCUCUCGAUGUCGAACAAUAAGCUGCUUCGCAUCGAGGACGCCACCUUCCAGUAUGUGCGUGCUCUGGAGUACCUGAACGUAUCGAGCAACCAGAUCGAAUACUUCAAUCCCAGCCAGAUCGUGAACGCGUCUGAUAUCGACGUUAGCUUCAACUUGCUGACCCAACUAGAGAUCCCGGCAAGGCUGGCGUCUCUGUAUGCGCAGAACAAUCGCAUCCAAACGAUUCUAGGACAGAGCGGAAUGCUCGAGGCACUCCAGUUGUCACACAACAAUUUGUCGGGUCUGGAGUGGCUGCCACGGUUUCCUGGGCUCCACCAUCUCGAUGUGUCGCACAACGAGCUGGAGGAGGUGAAAGCGAUCCACUUUAGGGGCCUCAAGAAGCUGCACACUCUUCUGCUGAACAACAACCGCUUGUUUACGCUGGACGUCAACUCGGACUCGCUGCACAAGCUAAAGGUACUCGAUCUGUCCCACAACCAGCUGGUAUAUGUGCUGAAAAAUGUACCACUGUUCAGCAAGCUGCAAGAACUGUACCUUCACCACAACGCCAUUGUGUCGUUGAAGCUGACCGCUGGUCAUGGCAUAAGGAACAUCAGUUUGUCCCACAACGAUUGGGAUUGCAAAAAUCUCCGUGAGCUGCUACCGCUUCUAUCGGCCACGACGGUCAGCGCCGAUGAGGAGGGCUACUGCAAACCCCAGUACAUCUCCGAGCAUGUACAAGGUGUCCAGAUUUGCUGCAAAGAGAGCAACGCGCCCUACCUAGACCGGCUAAUGGAGCAGAUUCGACUGACCAGUGUGUUUGAGAAGAACACGCGGACGAACAAUCGGUGCACCGUUGAGAGCGGUCUGGUG